AAGGCAUGGGGGAUGGGAGGAGCGUGCCCGUGAUGGGCAUAGGGUGAGGAGAGCCUGAGCCAGAGCUGCCGGGGGCUGGAGGCGGUGGUGCCUUGUGUGCGGUUCCCUAAAAUUCAGCUUGCGAAGGGGUCGGUGCCCAUAAGGGAAGAUCUAGGGGAUGGCUGCUGCGGGGAGCAUCGGACCCGAGGGGAUGCGGGGCUGGGGCCGGGACGUGGAUGUGCUGGGGGCCACGGCUGGCACGGCCACGUCCUCGCACUGCGGCUGCCGGCUGCAGUGGGGCUUUCCACCCAACGGAUGAGAGCCGGCGCCAGCAGCCGCUCCGCAGCGACGGGAGCCCCAGGACAAAGCCUCUACUUCGGCAUUUCUCCUGCCGAGCUAUUAAUAAUUAAGCCACUCAUUUAAGGCAAAGUCAAUAGAGUAACUGGGCUGGGAACUGUUUGCAAGGAACACCCCGCCAGAGGCGGCCUGGGUGGAGCUCAGCAUCCCCUUGGCAUCCCUGCCAGCGGGGCCGGGUGCCGGCAGCCAUGGGGAUGCUGCGGGCGGCUCGGCCGUGUUCUCGCCAUCAUUCCUGCCGCUCGGAAAGCCCAGGGAGCAGCACUCGGCUCGGAAGAGGUCGGUGAGGGCGAGCCGUGCCCGGCGUCUGGUUACGCUUCCCAUCCAUUAUUCAUCGAGAUGGAAAUCUCAGCUGCGGCGUGGCUCGCUGCCCUCCGCCGGGACAGGGCAGGAGAGAUGCAGGGGGAGGACGGAGCCAAGCGCUGCGGGGAGGCUUCGUGCACAGCGGGGCGAGACGACGCCGGGGGCCCGGUGACCACGAUGCUGCAUCAACAUGGGAAGCCCUGGAGGUCCAUGUGCAAGGGGCUCAUCCUGGGGACCCUCCUGACCAGCUUCAUGCUGCUGCUCUACUCCUACGCUGUGCCCCCGCUGCAAGUCAGCAUGACAGAGAUCCCCGUCCCCUCCUGCUCCUCCUCCCAGCUGCAAGCCAAGGGGCCAGCGAUAGCCAACGGCACGCUCAGCGCUUCGGGAGCCAACUGCCGGCCCAAGCUGGACAUCAUGUUCAUGAAAACCCACAAGACAGCCAGCAGCACCAUCCUCAACAUCCUCUUCCGCUUCGGGGAGAAGCACCGCCUCAAAUUCGCCUUCCCCAACGGCCGCAAUGACUUCUACUACCCGUCCUUCUUCGAGCGGAGCCAGGUGCAGCACUACCGCCCUGGAAUGUGCUUCAACAUCAUCUGCAACCACAUGCGCUUCCACUACGAGGAGGUGCGCAAGCUCCUGCCGGCGGACACCACCUUCGUGACGGUGCUGAGGGACCCUGCCUACCUCUUCGAGUCCUCCUUCCACUACUUCGGGCGCGUCAUCCCCCUCACCUGGAAGCUGCCGGGGGAGGACAAGCUGGCCGAGUUCUUGCGGGACCCCUGGCAUUACUACGACCCGAAUGGGUUCAACGCUCACUACCUCCAAAAUCUUCUCUUCUUCGAUUUGGGCUACGACAACAACAUGAACGCCGACAGCCCACUGGUGGAGCAGCGCAUCCGGGAGAUAGAGCAGCGCUUCCACCUGGUCAUGCUGCUGGAGUACUUCGACGAGUCCCUGGUGCUGCUGAAGGAGCUGCUGUGCUGGCAGCUGGAGGAUAUCCUCUACUUCAAGCUCAACGCUCGCAAGGGUUCCACCGUCUCCCGGCUGACGCCUGAGCUCUACGACAAGGCGACUGCUUGGAACCUCAUUGAUGCCAAGCUCUACCGAUAUUUCAAUGCCACCUUCUGGCGGAAAGUGGAGGCCUACGGGAGGGAGCGGAUGGCCAAGGAUGUGGCUGAGCUGCAGCGGGAGAAUGAGAAGAUGAAGAGCAUCUGCAUUGACGGGGGGCACGCCGUGGACGCCAGCGCCAUCCAGGAGUCCUCCAUGCAGCCCUGGCAGCCGCUGGGGGAGAAAUCCAUCCUGGGUUACAACUUGAAGAAGAAGAUCAACAAGAAGCACCAGAAGCUGUGCCGCAAGAUGCUGACGCCUGAGAUCCAGUACCUGACGGACCUCGGGGUCAACCUGUGGAUCACCAAGCUAUGGAGCCGCGUGCGGGACUUCCUCAAGUGGUAGGAGCAGCAGGUGCCCUGCAGGAGAGCUGGCGGCUCACGUCUUCCUUCCUUCAUGUGUCUUUGGUUUAGACACGAGCAGAACACCAUGGUGGGUCCCCAGCCAACCCCGGGCACCCAAGAGUGGCGGAGGCGAUGUGGGGACCCAGUUUGGAGGACGCAGGCUGUAUGGGUUGCUUGAGGGUUUGAGGUUUUUCCCAACAGGAUCCACUUCUUCCUUCCAUGUGGAAAUGCCAGAGGUGGUAUGCAAAGGGCAGGGCCCCAUCGUGCCCCUGUUGCUGCAACAGACCUCCACCACCACGUCCCUGGAAGUGCACAGCGGGUCAGACAGCAGUGGGACCCAUGGAGCACGGGGCCAGGGACCUGCGGGGAUUUUGGAGCUCACACUGAUUCACACCCAAAGGGCUGCUCUCACCACUCCCUAUCCUUCCAUCCCAGAUUUUGGGCUCCCUGUCUGAGCCCAUCAUGCCAACCAUGCUGCUUGGGCUUCCCAAGCCCAUGGGUCCUCAGUGAACCUGUGGCUGUUGGUCCCCCAGCAAGCCCCGGCAGGUUUCUAAGCAUUAUGCAUGCUUGAGUUUCGAGAGCAUCAAAACCACCCCAAAGCCUGUGCCAGCAGUGGUCCCCAGCAGCACCCGUGGCAGCAGAUCCCCCCAGCAUGCUGUUUUCCCAGUUAGAGGACCCCGUGGUGCUGAUCCCUCCUGGGGACACUCUGGUAGGACCACGAGGUCUGGUGAGAACUGGUGUGGGGAGCAAGCGUGGAGCCCACAGUGCCAGCACCUGGGGUGAGUGACACACAGGGACAAGGCAGGAGCAGACUGGGUGCAGCGUGGCGACAGACUGGGCAGAGCUGGUGGUGAGGACAGCCCCAAUGGGAACCACCGCAUCACAGGGAGCCCUCGGGUGUUCAGGCCGGGCUGGAUGACAAUGGCAUGGGGCAAAGCCAAGAGUGGCCCAGGUCGUGGCACUGUGUGGGGUGACAGCAGGUUGUCACCUGCCUGGGGCAGCAGCGGGGAGCCCAGCUCUGCUACCCUCUGUGUGUUCAUGUUCUGCUCUGUUUGUGAAGGCAAGCAAUAAAACGAUGACA